AUGGCGGACAUGAACGAAACCAUUGUGCCUGACCCGAACUUGUACGAGGCGACCGGCUCGUACGAAAUCGAUGACUGGCAGUCUGAGACUACCUCUAUCGGCUCGUCCUUGUACCGGGGGCUAGAGGAAAAUGGUCGAAAAUAUCAAACGCUAAAAGCGACCGAUUCCUUUACGCCUUCGGAUGAAAAGCAAUUUGAGUCUUAUGAAGCCGGCCAUAUCACGGCCCUUGUCAUGGAGGCCGACCGUGAAAAUCCGCUCUUUCGGGCUCCCAUAAAGAACCCAAAGCACAUUCUGGAUAUUGGAACUGGUCGAGGCUCUUGGGCAAUCGAUGUGGCCGAUACAUUUCCAAAUGCGACCGUCCGCGGUGUGGACCUUUUCCCACCUCCCAUCGAGUGGCUGCCUCCGAACUGUAUUCUAGAGGUCGACGACGUGUUGCAGGCCUGGACCUGGCAGAAACCCUUUGAUCUAGUUCAUCUCCGAAUUCUCGAAGGAUCGUUCACCCCCGAGGAGCAGAAGAGGCUCUACGCGGAGAUCUAUAAGAAUAUCCGCCCUGGAGGAUGGAUCGAGCAACUUGAACUAACUCCCUAUUUUGUCACUGACGACGGUAGUCUUCCUCCUGACAACAUCCUCGCCAAUUGGGGACAAACGCUUAUAAAUGCUGGUAACAAGUCUGGCCGACCAUUCAAUCUUUUCGACACAUGCCAAGACCACAUCAAGGAAGCCGGAUUUGUCGAUAGGCAGAUCUACCUCGCUAAAUGGCCUUUGGGUCCUUGGCCUCGAGAUAAACGGCUCAAGGAGGCAGGCAUUGUCAACCAUGAGCACUGGUCGGUUGGAAUGGAAGGCUAUGGAAUGUUUCUAUUCACGAAGUUUGGGGACCCAGUCCCGUGGUCGAAGGAGGAGGUGCAGGUCUACACUGCCAAGUUGAGAAAUGAGCUUAAAAAUCCUCGUUUCCAUAUCUAUCACGAAGCUAAACGAGUAUGGGCUCGCAAGCCCUUCCCCGAAGAAGAGGCUGCAGCCGCGGCAGCGGCCAAGAAGUAG